AACAUGGUUUAAACAUGGUGUAUUUGGACCUAAACAUAAGACCUAAACAUAAAUGUCUGCUUUGCCAUUAAACAUUGAGUCCUUAAAUCUACGUACUCUCCACACAUUUCAGGUCACAUCCUAUCUCCCUUGGCGGCUGUUGAAGAUAUGUUUUCCAGCCGAACAGAUGGUGAGACAAAUCAAGACCUAUAAACAGCAUUUAGAGAGAAAGAGGCUAGCUGGGAUGUCAGAGAAUACGUCUGGCAGCAAUGAGUUCAGUAAUGGUCAAAGCUCAGUUCAGAAGACUGUGAGGAGUCCAAACUCGACUCAACUGUCCCAGAGUGCUGUUCUUCAUGUAGAGGACAGUGCAAAAGCUGGUCAGGUGUCCUAUCUUCCCUGGCUGCAGCUGAAGGACCGUUUUCUUGCAGAGAAGGUGAUCCAGCCCAAGACAUCCAAAGCUGUUUCCAGGAUGUGGGCUUCCAAUGACCCCAGGUCAAUCCCACAGAAGCAGCAGGGUAAAAGAAAGUGUCCCACAGGGGAGCUGGAUGAGGCAUCUGGGGUCAGUAAAUGCAAAAGAGCCAAGGAAAAGAACAUCUCUGAUGUGACCCUGCUCAAGACUGAUCCAUCCACUGGAAAUACGACAAAUACAAUCAAUAGAGCUGGAGCAUCUCGUCCUCUGGAGGCUAUGAAGAACAGAAUUAGCGUUUGGGGCCACUCUCGGCAAUGUCAACCUCAGGCAACUUCACCAGCCAGACGCCUCAGUGCCCCUUUGGCUAAGUACCUAGCCUCCACCAUCACACCAAGGGCCAUUGACAUCCAGCUAAUGGGGUUAACAUCUGACCUUAUGAAGUUCCUAAACAUGCCGGAUGAGAAGCUGUCAUUGCAGCUCUGGGACUUAGGGGAGGAUGCAGGAGACCAGCGCUACAAAGCCCACUGGCAGUUCUCCACCCAGCAAGGCCAUAUACUGAUGGACAGCAAAUGGCUCCAGAACAAUGAGAACUGGUGAUGAGACUCAAAUCUCCCAAAUGCUUCCUCAGGAGACUCUAAUCCAGAACAGAGGAAACACUGCUGAUAUUUCCUGACAUUCAUUUACAUCCUCAUCACUCAUGUUUGGGGUCAAGUCCAUUUCAUUUCUAGCAAUUCCAGAAGUUAACUGAAAUUUAAAUUUACUGAAAAAGAAUCUCAAAGGAGGCCAUGGGGAUCACAGUUUUAAAUUAAGUUCAGUAGAAUUGACUGAAUUGGAAAGGAAUUAAUCCCACACAUGUUACAAGUACACACACACUCACACACACACACACACACACACACACAACAAGGACCCUUUUGAAUUGCAGCAUUUAAAAUACACUUAUCACUAUUUACUGUCUAUUUAGUGUCUUUAUUUAACAUCUUAUAACAUUCCUUAACUACAAAAAUCUGAUAUUUGUAAAAACGAGUCCUGGCUAAAUUUGGCCCUCAUAGCCUUGUGGCCACAUUAUCAUGUCUAGUUUCCAAAUAGCUCAUUUAAGAACUUGGGGUAAUCUGGAUAGAGCUAGCUGUAGAGAGUUUGACAUUCAACUAGUAUAUAUUAUACUGAAUUUAACCCAUUCAGUCCAUAUUGCUAAUGAUGUGGGUAUUAACAGGUACCCUAACUUCACUGAUGAAUAUGAGCAUGCAGUACCAUGUAAACAAAAUAUCAGAUAGCAUAAUGUUUGCAUUUAGGACAGUAAAUUUAGCUUCUGGUUUUCAUGGUUGACAGUGGCACACCACACACACUUAGUGUGUGUUAUUAGCCUUCUUUAGAUUAUUAUCUGCUAUUUUAGCAUACUGUUUGUAUAUCAGGAUGAGUAUAGGUAAACGUUUCAUGCAUGUCACAUGAAAAGAGCAGGGAAGGUACAUUUUGCUAACACAUUUCAGUCACAACCAAGUAAGAAUCUUCCGUCUGGAGAGGGUUUCUGAUCUGCCUCACUGUGCAUUAUUUGGUCAUCCACUGUAGAGGUCCUUGGAUACCAGGUAAUUUGCAAUUUCUGAGCUUAUCUGUGGUUUCUUUAUUAAUGUAGUAAAAAGUUGGUCUCAGUAUGCAAUAUUUUUUGCCUAUGUCGAUUUUCAA